AUGAGUCAGUCCCCGAGCAAUCAAAUCCCCGCAUUUACUUGGAACUUGUCACCCAGAGAUGAGAAUGAGGUUCGCACUCAUUCACUGGAGGAUUACCCCGGUAUUGAAGAAGAACUGGACGAAAUUUUGAACGGAUUGCAGUCGAGGCAGUUGAAUGACCUUGACUCUUCUACCGAACCUUCCUUACAAGGUGAAGUUCGUACAGAUGCCUGGGAGGAGAAAGCAGACGACAUUUGUAGCGGAUUAAACUCAAGCUCUAGCGAUAAUCCCGAUAUAGGUGCUGAGCAAACAGAAAGCGUCGCAUCUUUCAUUACAGACAGUGACAAUGCGCACACACCCGACGACCUCGAAACAGUUUGGAUUAUGAACCAGUACUGCCCCUUUAGUGACAAUUCAGGGAGAGAAAAGUUCUUUUUCACCUACCAACCAAAACCUGGUGUUAGGAAACGAGUGACAAUCACAUUCAACUAUCAAAAUGCACCGGAUGCCUCCCUGGAAGCCAAUGUCAAGCAGUGCAAUUCCAACGUGGAGAAAAAUGCACGGAUAUAUGAAGCUAUUCAUAAGAGCUUGCCUGAUAUCGAUUUUUUCGACACAGUCACCAAUCUGAGACUAGUCACAGACGAGCGCGGAAAGCUUCAUGUGAUUGUCCUAGAAGACGUCAGUGAGAUUAUUUCGUACCCUGAGGUUGCUAUGCUGCGUUACAUCCAGUCUCCACACCUCAAGGAAUCGGACGUCUCAAUCCAUCGUCAUUUAUCGGGAUUCAUAUAUACUGUGACUGUGGGCCGCGAACUCUUGAUGCAGAAAGAUAUACCUGGUCCGCAUUCAGUUGAAGAUUGGCUUUACGAAGUCAAUUGCCUCUAUAUGCUGGAGUCCUCACGAUACAUUCUCUCAUUGCGUGCGUUAUUGGUGGAUGAAUCCGAUGAAAAGGCUAAGGGAUUUCUAGUCCCCCAUGCGACGCGCUUGAUCGACGUUUUCUUUGAUAUCCAAGAAGGGGAACUCUCUGCGCCAUGGGAUAUUCGUGUACAAUGGGCGUACGGGAUUAUUCACGGACUAUCAGAUGUACACGUGGCUGGCUUAGUCCAUGGAAACUUGACAUUAUUCAACGUCGUCAUCGACUGCGAUAAUAAUCCCUACCUCACCCACUUCACCCGAAGUGGUUGUCCGAAUGGUUGGGAACCUCCAGAACUUGAUUACUUGAUUUCAACCAACCAAAAGGCCACUCCUUACCUGGGUGUCGCCUCUGACUUGUAUCAGCUGGGAAUGACUCUUUGGGCAAUUGCUACUCUUGAUGAUGAGCCUGAAUCGCAACUCAGGCCUCUGAGUUUAGACAAUUAUGCGGGAAUUCCUCAGUGGUAUCGUGAUAUUGUGGCUGUUUGCUUGAGCAGUCAGCCUCGACAGAGGCGCUCCGCUCAAAGCUUGCUCGAUAUGUUCCCACUCAGAAUAGAGACUGAAAACUCAUCAAACAGCGGAGUGGGGUUUUCGUUGCCGUGA